GCUCCUCAAGCCUUGCCAUCCAGAUGCCAAAUUGAUGCCCUAAUUGAUAACGCACUGCUCCUGAAGCCACUCUGGACUUCGGAACAUGAGUGGACGGGCCCGCGUAAGAGCGCGAGGCAUCGCCUGCCGCCCCAGCACCCCGGAAAUAGGGCGCACUCAGGCCUCGCCAUCGCCUGCAUCUGUUGAUGUUAGUGACAAGGACACACCCUCUAGCAGUGGCUACAUGGGAACAAGCAGGAUUUCACAGAAAAAUAAAGAUGGUGUAUCUUCUGGUGAUGUUGGAUGUACCUUCCUGGGAAGAGGUGGAAGAAUCAGAAGAGAGUUCAUGGAUUUGGGUGCCUGUACCAGGGAGAAAUUGGCACAUGUAAGAGAUUGCAAAACAGGUUCUAGUGGAAUACCUGUGAAACUGGUCACGAAUCUCUUUAAUUUAGACUUGCCCCAGGAUUGGCAGCUCUAUCAGUACUAUGUGACAUAUAUUCCAGAUUUAGAAUCUAGAAGACUGAGAAUCGCUUUGCUUUACAGUCAUAGUGAACUUUUCAACAAAGCAAAAGUAUUUGAUGGUGCCAUCCUUUUUCUGUUAGAAAAACUAGAAGAAAAGGUCACGGAAUUGUCAAGUGAAACGCAGAGAGGCGAGACUGUGAAGAUUGUCAUCACUCUGACGAGGGAGCUGCCGUCAAGUUCCCCCGUGUGCUUCCAGGUUUUCAGCAUCAUUUUCAAAAAGAUCCUGAAAAAGCUAUCCAUGUACCAAAUAGGACGGAACUAUUAUAAUCCUUCAGAACCAGUGGAAAUUCCCCAGUACAAAUUGACCCUUUGGCCUGGAUAUUCCGUUUCUGUAUCCCAGUUUGAAAGCAGUCUGCUGUUUAGUGCUGAUGUGUGUUAUAAAGUCCUCCGGAGUGAGACUGUUCUGGAAUUCAUGACUGAUCUCUACCAUAAAACUGGCCUGUCCUCCUUCACCCAGGCCUGUGAGAAAGAGCUGUUAGGACUCAUUGUCCUUACAAGAUACAAUAACAAAACCUAUCGCAUUGAUGACAUUGACUGGUCUGUGAGGCCCACACAUACCUUUCAGAAGCGGGAUGGCGCUGAGAUCAGCUAUGUGGAUUAUUACAAGCAGCAAUAUGAUAUUACUUUAUCUGACCUAAAUCAGCCUGUGCUUGUUAGUCUGUUGAAAAGCAAGAGAAAUGACAACACUGAGGCUCGGAUUGCCCACCUGAUCCCCGAACUCUGCUUUCUAACAGGACUGACUAGCCAGGCAAUCUCUGAUUUCCAACUGAUGAAGGCUCUGGCUGAAGUAACACACCUUAGUCCUUUGGGCAGGCAGCAGCGGCUGGCCAGGCUUGCAGACGAUAUCCAGAGAAACAAGGAUGCACGUUUCGAGCUGGAGACCUGGGGGCUGCAUUUUGGAUGCCAGAUGUCUCUGACUGGCCGCAUUGUGCCUUUGGAAAAAAUAUUAAUGCAAGACCAAGUAUGUCAACCAAUGUCUGCUGCUGAUUGGUCCAAGGAUGUGCGAACUUGCAAGAUUUUAAGUGCACCGUCUUUGAAUAAAUGGUUGAUUAUAUGUAAUAACAGAGCUGAACAUGUGAACGAGAGCUUUCUGAACUGCUUGAGAAGAGUCGGAAGUUCCAUGGGAUUUAAUGUGGACUACCCCAAAAUGAUAAAAGUGCAAGAAGAUCCAGCUGCAUUUCUUAGAGCAAUACAGCAACACGUUGACGCUGAUGUUCAGCUGGUGAUGUGUAUUCUGUCUUCUAAUCAGAAGAGCUACUAUGAUUCCAUUAAAAAGUACAUGAGCUCAGACUGCCCAGUGCCAAGCCAGUGUGUGCUUACUCGGACUCUGAAUAAACAGGGAAUGAUGAUGAGUGUUGCCACCAAGAUUGCCAUGCAGAUGACCUGUAAACUUGGAGGCGAACUAUGGGCUGUGGAGAUACCUUUAAAGUCCCUGAUGGUAGUCGGUAUUGAUGUCUGCAAAGAUGCCCUGAACAAGGAAAUGGCAGUGGUUGGAUUUGUGGCCAGCAUUAACACCAGAAUUACCAGGUGGUAUUCCCGCUGUAUCCUUCAGAGAACGACGACUAAUGUUGCAGAUUGCUUAAAAGUUCUUAUGAUAGGAGCACUCAACAAAUGGUACCAGUACAACCAUGGUUUGCCAGCUCGAAUAAUUGUGUACCGUGAUGGUGUGGGGGAUGGUCAGCUAAAAACACUUAUCGAAUAUGAAGUUCCCCAGCUGCUGAGCAGUGUGGCAGAAUCCAGCUCGAAUACCAGCUCCAAACUAUCAGUGAUUGUGGUGAGAAAGAAGUGCGUGCCGCGAUUCUUUAUGGAAAUGAACCGUACCUUGCAGAACCCCCCGCUUGGCACUGUCGUGGAUUCAGAGGCAACGCGUCCUGAUUGGUAUGACUUUUACUUGAUCAGCCAGGUGGCCCAUCAGGGGACCGUUAAUCCCACUUACUAUAAUGUCAUUUAUGAUAACAACGGCUUAAAGCCAGACCACAUGCAGAGACUUACAUUCAAACUGUGCCACCUGUACUACAAUUGGUCGGGCUUAAUCCGUAUCCCAGCACCUUGCCAGUAUGCACACAAGCUGACCUUUCUGGUGGCACAAAGCAUUCAUAAAGAACCAAGUUUGGAAUUAGCCAAUUCUCUCUUCUACUUGUGAUGGGAAGAACCAUUGGUAUCCCUAGAUGAAGAAGCAAAGGAGUAGUUGGGAUAAAAAAAAAAAAAAUCUCCCAUAAGCUCGAGCCUGUGACUGGAGCAAGGGGAUUGAGUUUUGUUUUAAUUUCUGAAAAAAAAACAAGAAACAGCUCAAUCUGAAAGGGUUCAUAAGAAAUGUGUGUUGUUUUAUUUUAAAGACUUAUAUGCUUGGUGUAAAUUCUCAUUAUGGUAUAUGGAAUUAAAAUAUACCAUCACUAUAAAGGAUCCCACAAAGCUAAAUAUCUUAUAAGAAAAUAAGUGUGUUUGCGUGGUGUUUGGAUGAUAGAUAAAUGGGAUCCAGUUCCUAUCCUAAAUAUUGCAGUUGUUUUUGGAAAAAGAUAAUGUUAUAGAACAUUUUGUAGAGUAGUUUAAAUAAUUAUUAGAAAAUAAAGAAAAUUGAGCGCAUCACAUAUGUGUUUAUUCUUUAAAUUUUGAGUUGACAUUACACGUGAUCCUCAUUAUUUAAUUGCUUUC